CAAAAAUACUAUAGACAAAGACAUAGAAAGAGAAAAUCUUGUUUCUAUAGACAUUGUGUUCUUUAAAAAGACAAGAAAAAAGGACAGAGAAACAAGCAAAACAAGUGUGUGUGUUUUUAGGACAAGUUGAGGCUUUUGGUUUUCUGAUGCCAUUACCAAAUCUUGGGUUCUUUCUGUUUCAACUUUUUAGUAAGUUUUGUGAAGCUAAAUUUGUUUCUGAUCGAUUCGGCAGACAUUGUUUGAAGCCAAAUUGGCUUCUCAUACAUUGAUUGCACUUAUGGGAUCUGGCUCGAGAGAGAAAGUGUCUUAAAUAUGGAUCUCGGAGAAGGUAGCGGCCGGUUGGGGUCGCUACCGACGACGACGUCUAGAACUAUGUCAUCAUCUUCGUCGGCAUUCUUUUCUGCAAAUCAGUCACCGUUGUUUUCCCCGAGAUCAUCGACCUGUCAGUUGUCUGAAUCAGCACGGUUUGAUGUUCAAUGUGAUAGUACUAAUUUAAGUGCUGAUCCUUCAAGUUCGAGCUCUGGAAUUCCAGAUCCUGAAUGCCUUGCAAAUGUUGGAUUUGCUGUUUCGGACGAGUCAUUAAUGGCGGCUGCUUGUGUUUCAAGUGAUUUCCCGAAAUUCGACUACUCGUCAUGCACUUAUAGCCAUUUGCAUGACAAUGGUUUUUCUGGUAUUAUAGAGAAACAUAGAAGGCAUAUAAGAAGCCAUGAUAUGAUGUUUUCCCCUGUUCCGAUAUCAUUAUCGUCUUAUCAGCAAAGUAGUUACGACGUUUACAUUGGGUUACAUGGUCGGAAACCUUCCUUGCUGAGGUUCACGAAUUGGCUCCGUGCUGAAUUGGAAGUUCAAGGGAUGAGUUGCUUUGUAUCCGAUAGAGCUCGUUUUAGGAACUCGCGUAAGCAUGGACGUAUAGAAAGGGCAAUGGAUGCUUCUUCCUUUGGUGUUUUGAUUCUAACAAAGAAGUCAUUCAGGAAUCCAUAUACUAUCGAGGAGCUUAGAUUUUUUUCGAGCAAGAAAAACUUGGUUCCGAUCUAUUUUGAUUUGAAUAUGGGUGAUUGUCUUGUCCGGGAUAUAGUUGAGAAGAGGGGAGAGCUAUGGGAAAAACAUGGGGGUGAGUUAUGGAUUUCGUAUGGAGGAUUGGAGAAGGAGUGGAAGGAAGCUGUUAAUGGCCUUGUUCGAGCCGAUGCAUGGAAGCUGGAAGCUCUGGAGGGUUGUUGGAGAGACUGCAUAUUACGAGCUGUAACAUAUUUGGCAAUGCGGUUAGGAAGACGAAGUGUUGUAGAUCGGUUAACGAAGUGGAGAGAAAAGGUAGACAAAGAGGAAUUCCCGUUUCCUCGAAAUGAAAACUUCAUCGGCAGGAAGAAAGAAUUGUCUGAGCUAGAAUUUAUACUUUUUGGUGACAUUUCCGGAGAAUCUGAAAGAGAUUAUUUCGAACUUAAGGCUAGAUCAAAGAGAAAGCAUUUGACAAUCGGGUGGAGUAAGAGCAGAUCAUUGGAGGAAAGACGUAGGGAAUGCAAUUGGGAGAAUGGUAGCCGGAAGGGUAAAGAACCAGUCAUUUGGAAGGAGUCGGAAAAGGAGAUCGAGAUGCAAAGCACCGAAAGGCAGCGCUAUCAAAGACCAAGAAGCAGUGGACGGAAUUCACGAAGAAAGAGACCAGCGAAAUUCAUAUAUGGAAAGGGUAUUGCCUGUGUAACGGGGGACUCCGGAAUAGGGAAGACUGAGCUUCUUCUCGAGUUUGCCUACAGAUAUCACCAGAGGUAUAAGAUGGUUCUAUGGAUAGGUGGGGAAAGCAGGUACAUUAGGCAGAAUUAUCUAAAUCUCUGGUCGUUUUUGGACGUAGAUGUCAGGGUUGAAAACGGCAUAGACAAAAGGCGAAUGAAAAGCUUCGAGGAGCAAGAGGAGGCGGCCAUUUCUCGAGUCCGAAAAGAGCUAAUGAGAAACAUACCUUUUCUGGUGGUGAUUGAUAAUUUGGAGAGUGAAAAGGAUUGGUGGGAUCAAAAGUUUGUAAUGGAUCUUCUUCCUCGUUUUGGCGGAGAGACUCACAUUCUAAUAUCAACUCGCCUUCCCCGUGUGAUGAAUUUAGAACCUUUAAAACUCUCGUACUUGUCUGGAGUAGAGGCGAUGUCAUUAAUGCAGGGAAGUGUAAAAGACUACCCUAUUGCAGAGAUCGAUGUUCUCAGAGUCAUUGAGGAGAAAGUCGGAAGGCUAACUUUGGGGCUAGCGAUUGUAGGCGCAAUCUUAUCCGAGCUACCUAUAAAUCCGAGCCGGCUACUGGAUACCAUCAACCGGCUGCCCUCGAGAGACUUCUCAUGGAGUGGUAGGGAAGCUCAUUCAUUGAGGAAAAACACAUUCCUCCUGCAACUCUUCGAGGUAUGUUUUUCGAUAUUUGAUCAUGCGGAUGGACCAAGGAGCUUAGCAACGAGAAUGGUUCAGGUGAGUGGUUGGUUUGCACCUGCUGCGAUUCCGGUUUCCCUGUUAGCACUAGCUGCUCACAAGAUACCUGAGAAACAUAAAGGAACCAGGUUUUGGAGAAAACUAUUACGUUCCUUGACGUGUGGUUUUUCUUCGUGUUACUCCAAAAGAUUUGAGUCUGAAGCAUCUUCCAUGUUGCUAAGAUUUAAUUUAGCAAGAAGUAGUACCAAGGAAGGUUAUAUCCAUUUCAACGAAGUCAUCAGGAUGUACGCUCGGAGGAGAGGAGUUACUGGAGUUUCACAUGCCAUGGUUCAAGCUGUAGUCAGUCAUGCGUCAUUAUCCCACCACUCAGAACAUAUAUGGGCAGUUUGUUUCUUGCUAUUUGGAUUUGGAAAUGAUCCAACAGUUGUUGAGCUCAGGGUGUUGGAAUUAUUGUACAUUGUCAAAGAAGUGAUUUUGCCUCUUGCAAUUCGGACAUUCAUGGUAUUCUCCCGGUGCAGUGCUGCUCUGGAACUCCUCCGACUAUGCACCGAUGCUUUGGAGGCUGCAGACCAGGCAUUUGUUACCCCAGUCGAGAAAUGGUUGGACAAAUCACUUUGUUGGGGGCCUAUCAGAACGAACGCGCAAUUGAAUCCAUGUCUUUGGCAGGAACUGGCAUUAACGAGAGCCACCGUGCUAGAAACCAGGGCGAAGUUAAUGCUAAGAGGGGGACAAUUCGACAUAGGAGAUGACCUAAUCCGGAAAGCCAUUUUUAUUCGGAACUCGAUCAGUGGUGAGGAUCAUCCGGAUACAGUAUCCGCUCGUGAAACACUGAGCAAACUCACCCGGCUUCUAGCAAAUGUUCAAGCUCAUACUUCACCAUAGAUCCCUAUAUUUCUUUGUUAGCAAAAUUUAGAGUGUAGAUUAUACAAAGUUUACAAAUAAAACUCUUGUAAACAGCAAUUCAUAGAAUUUUUUUUUUAACCAUUUUAACUUGGAAUGAGAUGCCUUACAGUUUUGAAUU